CCCUAUAAAUAUUUUUUACCUCAACCUAAAUCGGUUACUUAAGUCCUCUUCCUUCUUUUCGCCGGUGCUUUUCUCAGGUUCUCUCUCUUCCUCCCGUCUUCUACACAACAAACCCUAACCAAAGCCGCCUUCCAAUUCCUAACUCAAAUUUUUUGUUGGUCUUUGUUUCAACUUCUUAACAGGACAAAACAGAAACUAUUGAUGCUUAGUAUAUUGGAAAAUUUCUUGAGUUUGGUUCGACUGCAUAACGUGUUCUGAAGAUUGCUUGAUGGCUAGUAAACCGCUUACAAGUGAGGCAAUUGCCCUGACAGAGAAGAAAAUGGAUAUGACUUUAGAUGAUAUCAUCAAAAUGUCAAAAAAUAACACAUCUAAAGGCAGGAAGCAGAGAGUUUCAAAUAGAAGUAAGAAAUUUGUGGAUAAUGUUACCCAAGAUAAAGGGGCAAAGGUGCAGAGGUUUAUGGAUGCAAGGUCUACCAUGAGACAGGGUGCCCUUGGUCAGAGGAGGUCCAAUUUUCAGGGAAACCAAUUCCCUUUGGCAACUGAGGCUACAAGAAAAGCUGCAGCCGUUCCUAUCCGUAACAGACCUUUCAAUGGGAUCAGGGCAGUGAAUGUUAAUAAGCCGAGGGUUGGUGCUCCAAUGGUCCAGAGAAGGGCUGUGAACGGGGGUGGCUUUAAUAUGAAGCAAUCUCAGCAGCAGGUCAAGGUGACACCAAAGCAGAGGCCACAGACUCUAGAUUCAUUGUUUGCAGACAUGAAAGAGCAAAGGAUGAAGGUCUUGUCUCAACAGAACAACCCUGUAAAAAGAAAUGGUGGUGGCCAACGAUUACCACCAUGGCAAAGAGCUCGUUUUGGCAAGUGAUACCAAUUCAUGCUAGAACAUCUAGAUUUCCUAGGUUGCUGGAGGAAGGUGCUUGUACUUUAAUAAGAAGGUUUAGAGUUUGGGGAACAGCAAACUGCUGUUAGUUUGGAUAUAACAUUCUAUAAAGUUGAUUUGCAAUGUCCCAGCAACAUUCUCUUGCUUUGGGGUUCAAAUGUUAUGUAUAGCAUUUUUUUUUUCUUUACAAGUCAUGCUUUUUAUCAAUGGUUGGAUAUUCAGGCUUUCAGUA